UUCCUUUUUCAAGUCGCCAAAUAUUGAUAAAAAUUAAGUACAUGUACACGUGUGUAUUAACAGACUACAUGUAUACUGAAGGCCACGUUCACGAAAAAUGGCCGAAGUGAGCGAGAAAGUCGAGAUUUUCUCGGACAAGAAACGAGGAAGGGGCGUCAGAGCCACCACUUUUAUUGAACCAGAAACAGUUCUGUUGAUCGAGAACCCAUACUUGUUGACUUUAGAGGAGGACUACCGACGCAACAGGUGUAGUUAUUGCUGCAAAGAACGAGGAAAGUUGAGAGCUUGUGGUGGCUGUAGCUUUGUGUAUUAUUGUGACCGACAAUGUCAGGCUUCCAACUAUUCCGAUCAUCAGUACGAGUGCAAAUACUUGAAGAUGGCCAGUGCUGGGGGCGACAUCAGGGUACGGACAAGGACACUCCUGGUGACCCUCCAAAAACAUCUGAAAACUGUGAAGAAGCGAUCCCAGAAUGUUGCUACCCACAAUGCACGGGGUUUUCCACUUACACCUGAGAUACUGUACAAGAAGAUGGCUGAUGAAAAAACCAGCCCCGAACCGGACAUGGAGCGAUUGUGGGAGUAUGCGGCGUCUAAACAUCUCCCAGUGACGGAAGACCUGAUGCAGACAUUUGAAGGAAUUCUGAAUGCCAACAUGUUCUCUGUCCGUGACGGCAAAGCUCGAUGUAAAGUCAUUGGAGAGGGACUCUACACCAGGAUGGCCAUGUUCAACCACUGCUGUCGUCCAAACUGCACCUUCACCUCUGACAACCGGGAGCUCAAGAUUGCCAGCAUCCGGCCGAUUAGCCCUGGGGAGGAGUGUACCAUCAGCUAUCUGAACCUCAUGGCGCCGACCAGUUCUCGUCAGAGCAAAUUGAGAAAGUGGUACGACUUUGACUGUGACUGUAAACGCUGCAUUCAAGACAUAGAUAAGGACAGGUUAAUGUACGCUAUAAAAUGCCCACAGAUGAACUGUCGGGGGUCUGUGUUGCCAUGGAAACCGUCAGAUAGUCUGAGUGGUCAGUAUCUAGCCUGUGAUGCGUGUGGCUUUGACAUCAGCACUUCUAAGCUACCAGAUCAGAUCGUACGGACAGAGAUGGAAGUGGAGAGUUUCCUGUCCCGGAAGAAGGAUUAUGAUUACCCAGGCCAGUAUCUUGAGGAGUGCGGUCCCAUCCUGGCGCGCUUGGAUGACGUCUACCAGCCGUACCACAGGCGGGUUUACCAAGUCGUCAAGACGGCCUUGAAGGCUGCCCUCAAGCUGGACGAAGCCGAGACAGCGUUGCAGUACGGCACCAGGAGUCUUGUCGCUUUGAGAACUCACCUGGAUUCAUGCGACACUUUGCUGGGGUUCAACUUGUGGCAGGUCGGUCAGCUACAAGCCCGGCUGGGGAUGAACCUGAAGGCCGUCCACACGCUGGAAGAGGCACUACGGACACUGAGGAUUGCUUACGGGAGCCACCAUGCUGUCACUGUGGAGGCCCAGGAACUGCUAGCUAUGUUAAAGUCAGGGAAAGACCAUCUAGCACUGCUGUCUGACACCAGCCAGACAGGAGGGCACUGUCAGGGUUCCAAUGCUGUGGAGAAUUGAGGAAUCUCCAGCCAGCUACAUACUCAGGUAUCAAACAGGGACAACUCGAGGUUGAAGUUUAACAGAGGAAUUAGAAGCUACAGAGAUUAUUAUCCAGCUCAAUUGAAAUGUUCUUAUUCAGUGUCUUAUAUUGACCAGUAAAUUCCAAUUAUUCCUUAGAAAGUUGGUAAUCUUGUAUUUCUUGCAGGCUUUUACAUUAAUGGUGGAAUAUCUGUAAUUUGGCAAAUGUGCAAAUCCGAGAUGAAUUGAAGUAAAAUUGAAGUAUAUUUUCUAUCAGAAUUUUAAACGUAGUUGUUGGGUAAAAAUUUCAUAUUUUUAUCAAUGCUUACUGAAGCGUGUAGUUGAAGUGUUUCUACGAAGACUGGAAAUUAAUGGUAAGCAAAUGAACUAAUUUGUGUCUUAUGGCCAGU